AUGUGCGUAAAAACACUGGUCAGCUCCGACGGAAGCUCACACUGGUCAGCUCCGACGGAAGCUCACACUGGUCAGCUCCGACGGAAGCUCACACUGGUCAGCUCUGACGGAAGCUCACCGUGGCAGAACGAAGAGAAGAAGUGUUCAGAUGAGCAAUGGCAGUGUCUGUCCAAAGCAGUCGUGGCACUACAGGCUCUCUGCUGCAGGCAUGCACAGUGGCUGGUCACCAGUUUGUCUUCACUCCAUUCUAAACUGAUGACUUGUUUUGAAGAGGCAGAUGCUGCCACUCACUCUGUCAACACCCCGAAGAGGAUACUUCUGUUCAUAUAGAAAGCCCCUGCCCAGUCUGUGGGGACACUAGAUUCCUCAAUCACCAAGUCAUAUUUUGUGUACUGGACCAAUGAAUUGUCUGUAGUGUCUCAACAGACACACAGUGGAGGCCCCUCUGUCAUCCUCUGCCAUAUGCAGCCUGGGUCACGCAACGGCCAGCAACUCAGUGGAGAGAUCAACCCAAGCCUACAACCGUCCCUGGAUGUCUAUAAGUUGGAGACACUUGUGAUUCUCAGAAAAGGCACUCUAGACAGUGUUGUUUCCAUCCCGAGCACCCACCAUGGGACUCAGAAUGGUUUGAGUUUUGAUUCUUUGGAAACCUGCCUGUCCUCAAAUAAGGGCACAUCUGGGAACCAGUCAGACCCCUCAAGGGCCUCUGAUAGCUCUUUAUUUGAAAUACAGCACAGAGUAGAGCAUGGAGGAGGUGGUAUGGGAUACCUUAACAAGACCGACCUAAGGCCCGAAGUGAAGCCAGAGGGAGUCAGUGCCCCUUUGGUGAUGCAGCUCAGGACUCCACAGCUGGGAAUCCUGAUUUGCCUGUCAGUCACCCUGGGUGUGGCCCUGGCUUCUGGACUUUGCUAUCUGUAUUCUCAGUAUUGUCACAGUGGACAAAAAGGGUCCUUCAGUGAACCUGCUGCAGAUGAUGCUCUUGCCAGGAGUGACAAUGGGAAGGUGGCAUAUGUCAGGAGGACAGGGGACAACUGA